AUGAGUUCUCCGAGCAGAGCUUGGAUGGUGGCGGCGGGCGUGGGGGUGGUGGCGGCGUUGAAGGACCAGGGGGUCUGCCGGUGGAACCACGCCAUGAGAUCGCUCCACCGGCACGCCAAGACCAGCCUGGGCUCGUCUGUCGCUGAAACCCGGCGGCUGUCGGCGGCGGUUGAGCGGAGACCGGCGGCGGGCGAGCAGGUGGAGGAGUCACUGAGGAGGGUGAUGUACCUCAGCUGCUGGGGACCCAACUGA